AUGCGUAAGCUUUUUGAACAAUAUUGUGUUUCUUCUUUUAGUUUUCCAUUGGAUUCUGGCUCUGAUUCUGAUGAAUGGGAAGAUAUUAACGAUAUCGAUAAUGAUGAUCCCAUUGAUGUUAAUGAAAAUUUAAUUGAUGCAGUUUCCGAUUUAAUAAAUGAUGAAGAGGAAAAAGGUGAU